UUCUGGAGGUGCCCAGUUUCAGCAAAAUUGUUGUCUUUUCCCUUCUGAAAUAAAAGCUGAUCUUCAAGUUCUGAUAGUCAGAUAUGAUUAUUAUGUAUGACUAUAUCAUCAACAAGGUGUUUUUAGUACCAAAUGAUGAAUAUUUCAACCACUAUUUGGCGUACUAUGAGCCUGUACUCAUGAAAUGCACUGCAAGGAAAUACGCACCUACAAGUUGUCCCUAUAAGAUUAAGGUAUGUGGCAUGCAAGCAGAGGAGAGGAUGAACUUGACAUUUACUAAUACUACUUCAUAUUUGAUCUCACAAGAUUCAAAAGAUAAAUGGAGGAUUAUAUGGGUGUGUGGCAAGUAUACUGCAAUGACAAUAAUGAUGUUCCUGUUCGUGAUGAUGAUGAUGAUGCUGGAUGCUUUCAGUUUUAAUUAAGUUGUAGGGAUGAUGUUCCUCGGUUAAGUUUUAGAUAAGUUGUAGGGAUGUGAUGGAUGCUUUUAGUUUAAGUUUGCUAUCAAGAAAAUAUUUAGAUUAUACAUCACAUUAGAUGAUGUUCCUGCUGUAAUAAUCAC